AUUCUUCACCUUCUCAUUCCCUCUUUUCUCUCUUCAAAAACGCACCCAAACUUUUCUUAGUUUUGUUUUUCUUGGGUUUCUGAAACUUCUCUGGAUAUCUAUCUUUCUUGGAUCAGGAUCUGUGACUUGAUCCUUGUGGUGUGUCAUCUCCAGUCAUCUUCCUUCUCAUGGUCACUUCUCACAACACUGAAAGAGAAUGCACAGUGCUAGCUCAAUAAAGCAAAAGUUCCUCAAGAAAUGGAUAAUGGGUCUCCAGCUAUGCAAUUCCUCAAAGAAGAAGAUGACGAUCAUGGAGAGAAGGAAAGCCAUAAAGCUCUCAGCAGACCUCGCAUUGGCUUCGGUCCGGAAUUGCAAGACCCGUUGGAGUCGUGCCCUAGUCGCAAGUGCCUCCCAAAAUGAUGACAACAAAGCUCUCCUUCAACAUAUCGUUGGCUCUGAUGCUGUGAAGCACAAGAAAGCUUCCAUUGAUGUUGUGGCAAAUUCACCAACUUCCGUGGCCAAGAAGAUUGCCAGCAAGAAGAUAUUGAAAAGGAGCUGGGGCAUUAGGAGAGUGAGAAAACUGAGCAAUGGCGCUCUAAAAGAUCCACCAAACUCUAUUGCCAAGAGGUUGGUAAAGAAGAGAACACACUUGCUCAAGAACCUUGUACCAGGAGGAGAAUCAAUGGACGCUAUCUCUUUGAUAGAAGAAACCCUAGAUUAUAUGGUGUGGCUCCGAGCUCAAGUUGACGUCAUGCGUUCUCUCGCUCGUGCGAGUGAGCUCCUAGAUGGUAAAUGAAAUCAUCGUCUAUGAUGAUUUAAGUUGAUAAAUAGAUUUUGUUUGAUCUCCACUUUGCAAGAUUAGGUGGGUUGAGGCAAAAUGUGAUUAAGCUAUAUAUAGUUCAAUGCCUGUAUAUGCAA